AUACGGAGGAGAGGAGGAUAGUGAGGAAGACAGAGUGGAUAAAGGAGGAGAAGAAGAGAAGGAGGAGAGUGAAAAGCGCAGAGAAAGAGAUCCGGGGAGAAAUGCUCGCUGGACGGAUGGAUUUUAUUUUCCCCGACCUGUACGAGCCUCUGUAAAACAACAUGGGCUGCAUUGGAUCCCGGACGAUCACAGCGGAUGCGGUGCCGGUGCGGAAAGAUGGGGAUCAGCAUGGCCGUACCGAGUUUUCCUGGGAAGGAAUCAAUCUGUCCAUGGAGGACACUACUUCCAUUCUGCCUCGUCUCAAAAGGAAGUCCACCAACACCUAUGGGAUUGGUGCCCUGGCUAAGUCCUCUCUGACAGGUGUGUCAGGUGUAACGCGCUCCAUGAAAGACAAGGUGACCAAGCCCACUGCCAUGGCCCAGGGCCGUGUUGCACACAUGAUCGAGUGGCAGAGCUGGGGCAAACCAUCUGCAGGGCCACUCGGGGGUGCGGGACAUACCAACCUGCAGAGAGAAAAGGAGAGGAGGAUGGAGAACGAUGCUUACAGUGACCUUAGCGAUGGCGAGAAGGAGGCUCGUUUUGCUGCAGGCAUUAUGCAGCAGUUUGCAAUUUCUGAGGCGACUCUUUUUGGCUGGAACUCGAUGGACGGUGAGAGUAUGGGAGCUGGUUCCAACCAGGGGAGCGUCGCUCACCUGAGUGAGGUCAACCAGGAGAGCAUCACCAGCAGAGACCAGGUGCUCCAUCACUCCUCUGCGGAUGUCUGGCCUCACACCUACGUCUCACAGGGCCUAUACUGCCUGUCAUCCUCUGACGCCUGGGACCCAAUCACCAGCCAGCCCUCGGGCAUGGCCUCGCCUGCUGCAGGCUCCUACAUCAUGGCUGCUGGUGGAAGCAGCGGAGCAGGGUGUACGCCAGGGGAUGGGUAUGAGGGGACUGUAGGCAGCUAUCUUCAGCAACACCAGGCUCAGCUCGCCCUGCAGCAGCAUAGCCAGCUCCAACAGCUCCAACAGCUUCAUCAUUACCAGCAGCAACAGUUUCUGCAAUAUCAACAACAUCAGACUCUGGAGCACAGGCUACACAGUAACUCCCAUUCCCUCCAAGUUACUCCAAACAGCACCAUCCACAGCCUCGGUCCUCCCACACACCCUCGGAUAGCUGACCUGUGGGGGGCCGCACAGGUCGAGGCACAUCAGGUGGAGAUUGUCGGGCAGCUGAGUGCACAGAUGGCUGACAUGGCCGGAGGGCUGGUGGAAACAGUUGGAGAAGAGCCAGAGCCCGAGUCUGAAGGGAUCCCUGAGCAACACGAAGAGGAAGAGGAGUUGACGAGGGUAGAGGAGGUAACAUUAACCUUAGAGCCAGAGCCAUGCUCUCUGACACCAUCCCCGCUGAGGGAAGAUGCAUCUUCGACCAGAGGUUCAAGCCCAGGACUACCAGCACAGACCACCGAAUCUAUUGCAGACAGAAUACCAUUUGACGUCACGCCAUGUGUCGUCCAAUCAUUGGAAGAAAAAGAUGAGGAGGGGGAAGAGGGCUCCAUUGUUGUUGUUGCAACCAACUAAAACACACAGCCACACAAAGACUGACAGAAGCUGGACAUAAAUAUUCCAAUUAUCAAUCAAGCUAUUAUCCCAUCCCCUCCUUCUCCCAAAUAUUUACCCACCGUGAGUCAAAGGAAAUGUGAGGCGAGUUUUUCAGCUGGAAACGUGGGAUGUAAUGUAAACAAACUACACGCCAACAACCCCCAUCCCCCCAAUUUAUUAUGCGAAAUAUGGAAUACAACAAGACAAUGAACAAAUUUAAAUUAAGGUGAAUUCAGUGACUGCUGAAAUAAGCAAUGUGAAGAUAAAAUGGAUUAACAAAAGUUUGGACCAACUGGACCAAAGAGCCAGGACUGUGAGCCAAACGGGUUAAAUGGAUGGAUGCGUGAUUUUAACGUGAGCAAAAGAAAAGGUAGGACAAGAAGAAGAGGAAAGACAAGGGCCUUCCUAAAAAUUCUGUGCAAUACAACGAAUAUGGACAUAAAAAUGGGUCAGUAAAUAAUUCACAGUGCUUGCUCCAUGUUGCUUCCAGCAUUAGAAGGAUCCAAAAGACUGAAAGGCCAGAUAUACCUUAUUAGAGACAUACCUGAUAUGCUGAUAAAUUUGUUUUGGUUGGACUGAUGCGGAGCAGAGAUAUCUGGUUGAAGUAAACCUGAAAGUCGAAGUGA